GGGCCCUCAGAGCUGUUUACAGCUCCACACUAAAUGGUCUCAAUUGCUCUGCUCUCACUUUUGUAAUUUUUUCUGAGAUUCUUGUCAUCUGCCACUUCCUAUAGCUCGUGGCAUGCUUUUAAGCAAUUAUUCCUUCAAGUGGCAUUGGCUGGGAAAUUGAUUGCCAAGUGUGUGAGAGUUGUGCAUAGAGCAAGAGUCCUGAGUUCUUUAUGUAUUUAUUAAAGUCUCUUUUAUUAUUAUUUUAAAAGUUUAUUCAUUUAUUUUGAAAGAGAGAGAGAGAGAGAGAGAGAGAGAGAGAGAGAAUGAACAGGGAAGUGGCAGAGAGAGAGAGGGGAGAGAGAGAGAAUCCCAAGCAGGCUCCACACUGUCAAUGAAGAGCUUGAGUCGAGCUUGAGCUUGCAGACCAUAAGAUCACAUCCGGAGCCCAAACCAAGAGUCAGAGAUUAACCGACUGAGCCACCCAGGUGCCCCAAGACUCUUUUAUUUUUUGAAGUACAUGAGUCUCCUGCCUUUGUAACCCCUAUGUUUGCUUCAUCCUGGGUUGAAGGGCUCUAGGUGGUUGAAGUCCUUGGAGGCAUAAGCCCUAGAAAUGGAGGUGGUAUAAUAUUGAUGGAUUGUUCUUCCUUGAUCAUAACUGCUUUCCUUUUUGAAGAAAGGAGGGGAUACCAGAGGCUAACAUGGAUUACUCCUCCCCCAAAAGAGGAGAUUGGGGCCCAGGGUGGGGCCAGCUGGGUCAGUGGUGUCCGAAGUGUUUGAGGGAUAAGGAAGCUGCUGGCUCCCACUGAUAGUGAGCAGAUGGCUGGGGAAGGAACCAUUGCCUCCUGCUCACUCUUCAUGGUGAUGGCCAGCGUGGAUGGGGGAGAGCAAAGAGAGCCCCAAGGGGAGCCACAACGCCUGGUCUCCUCUCAAGUCCUGAAGUAGGACUGGCACCAGCGGAUUUUUGUCAAUUGCAGGUUGGUGCUGGGGAAGAUUCGCUGCUUUGGCUUUGACAUGGACUACACCCUGGCUGGUAGGGAGGGAGGGAGCAGGGUAUUUGGGGCUCGGGGAGCAGGGGGUAGGCACCAGCUGGCCUGGUUCUGCUUGGUUCCCACAGCCUACAAGUCCCCAGCCUAUGAGGCACUGGUCUUUGAGUUACUACUGGAGCGUCCGGUGUGCAUUGGGUACCCGCGUGAUAUCCUGCGCUACACCUAUGACCCCGCCUUCCCCACUCGGGGGCUGGUGUUUGAUGUGCUCUAUGGGAACCUGCUGAAGGUGGACACCCAUGGGAACGUGCGGCUGGGCACCCAUGGCUUCACCUUCCUCUCAGACUGCUCCCUCCCCAGGGCAGAGAUCUGGAGCUUCUACCCCAGCAAGCUUGUUCAGAGGGACAACCUGCAGAGGGUUCACAUCCUCAACACGCUCUUCAACCUGCCUGAAAUCUACCUGUGUGCCUGCCUAGUGGACUUCUCUGGCUGCUCCCGCUACACCAACUGUGACACUGGCUAUCAGCAUGGGAACCUCUUCAUGUCCUUCCGAAGCCUCUUCCAGGAUGUGAGUGAUGCCAUGGAUAAUGUCCACCAGUCGGGCUGUCUGCAGGAGAAGACCCUGGAAGACUUGGACAAAUACAUGGAGAAGGAUGUGCGAAUCCCCAUCCUGCUGGGUAAGAUGAAGGAAGUUGGGAAAGUAUUUCUGGCUACAAACAGCAGCUACAACUACACGGAUGCCAUCAUGACCUACCUGUUUGGCAUUAGUGAGGCUGAAGGCUCAGCCAGGCCCUGGAGGUCCUACUUCGACCUGAUUGUGGUGGACACACAGAAGCCCUGCUUCUUUGCUGAGGGGACGGUGCUGAGACAGGUCAACAGGGUAAUGGCAGGGGCUGAGGAUUCAGGCAAGCUCCGCGGUGGGGUGGGGCCCCACCAGCACUGUGUAGUUUACUCUGGAGGCUCUUUGGACACAGUGUGUGAGCUGCUCGGGGUACGGGGGAAGGAUAUCCUGUACAUUGGGGAUCACAUCUUUGGAGACAUCCUCAAGUCCAAGAAGUGGCAGGACUGGCGAACUUGCCUGGUGGUUCCUGAGCUGUUCCGGGAGCUUGGGAUCUGGGACCAAGAGAAGGGUGAGCUGUGUGUGUGGGGGCUUCAGGACCAGGUCGGGGGGGGGGGCACUGGGCACCAGUGCAGAGGCCUGCCCCUUCAUCAUCUUGUCCUCUUCCCUGUUGGGGGUUAGUAGUAACUGUGAUAAUAUUGUCCACUCUGUGGUUUAUGAGAGUGGAUCUACUUUACCCAGAGGAAACAGAGAUCCAGAGAGGUUAAGAAACUUGCCCAAAUUCGGGGCGCCUGGGUGGCUCAGUCGGUUAAGUGUCUGACUUUGGCGCGGGUCAUGAUCUCACAGUCUGUGAGUUCGAGCCCUGCGUUGGGCUCUGUGCUGACAGCUCAGAGCCUGGAGUCUGUUUCAGAUCUGUAUCUCCCUCUCUUUCUGCCCCUCCCCUGCUCUGUCUCUGUCUCAAAAAUAAAUUAAAAAACACUAAAAAAAAAAAAGGAAACUUGCCCAAAUUCACACAGGCAGAAAAGGGCAAACUGACUCAAAUACCUGUGUCCUGACUCCAGGGUGUUGUGGUGGUUCUGUAGUCUGAGAGUUCCUUCCUCACCUGACUGUACCCUCCCCACUCACCUGAGGACUCUCCGAGAGUGGAAGGUACAGUUCCACACCUGGGAAUGACUCGAAGUAUCCUCUGGGUCAGGAGUAGCUGUGAGCCUAAACAAUUUGGGUUUGUUCUAAAAGCUGGGUUUGACUCAUUACCAUGUGACCGUGGGUGAGUCACCUGACUGCCUGACUAGCUUCGUCACCUGUCCCGCAGGACCUUUGCUGUCUCUGCCUUGCUCUGAGCUGAGUCUCAAUCGAUGUAAGGAAGGGGCGAGGGAUGUUAUGUACACAGCUGGGGGUGUGUAGACCCCUGGUGACCUGUCCACCCUCACCAGUGGAACUGGGCCUGGGGCAGACAAAGGUAGGCAGGGCUGUCCCUCAUCCCCUGCUGUCCUCUGUCUACUUUUCAGAGUGGAUGGAGGAGCUGAAGAGGCUGAACAUGCACUUGGCAGACUUGUACCAGUGUGCACACCCAGCCCGGCAACUCCACCGGGUGCCUGUGGAGUGUCCUCUGACCUCCAUGGGGUCUAGGGAGGUUGUGCCUGGAGCUUGGAGGCACCGUUCCUUUUCUCCUGGAUCAUGUGGCUGUUUUUGCACCAGGCACAUGGAUGGGAGCAGUUAUGGGCUGCAAGUUAUCAACUUCACCAAGAGGGAGAUUCAGGUUCCUGAGCCCAGUUACAGGAUUUUCCACAACCCCUGCAGAGCUCCACUUGUCCUUGUCUGCCAGCGCCCUCUGCUGGCCUAUGCUCCAAAUGACAGCAGAGUGCGGCUGCAGGAGGACUGAGUUCAGGGUGAUUUGUGGAGCGUGGCUAGACCCUCAAUCUCCGUUAACCUAAUCUCCAUGAACCCUCCUUGAGACGUGCCUGCCUGUUGGGUCGGGUCCCCAACGUGCCGGACUAGCCAGCUGUGAUCAGCGUCUGGGGGCAGCUAGAUGAUCACCCGGGAGCUGGACCUGUGCUACAGCGCGAUGGGCAGCCUAUUCCACUGAGGUUUCCGCCAGAUGCUUUUCUCCAACCAGCUGAUGGCACUAUGCAGACCUCUGCACCGCUGCCUGCCUCAACUUCCUGAACCACCCGCUCAGCUUGCUGUAUCCGGCGGUCCUGGAGCUGGUGGGUCCCUGCAGAACCUCUCUGGCUAUCCCUGACCCUCUGCCCCAGGAGGAGCCGCUGGUCCCCAGCCCUGCCAAGAGCUCCUGAGGUCACCAGGCCCAAUCUCCCACCUCCAGACACAAGUGGGUCAAAGCCUUGCAGGUAACUGUGGGCAACACAAAACAUGCAUGGGAGCAGUUACAGAUAUAAGUUGCCUCUGCUGGGGAAGCUUCCCUCAUGCCCAACCUUCACACCUGCUUUCAGUGGAGGCCACCUUAACUCAGUAUUUCCUUAAUAGAAAGGAUGCCAGUUGCUAGGAGGAAAGCUAUAGUCCCUCUGCUCUCAGUUAACACGCAGUGACUGCAGAAGGAAUGGACGAAGUCGCAGAUGAUGCGGUAAAUACUCCAGCUGGUUUUCCUCUGGAACACCUGGACAUGCUUCUGGCUCAAGAGCAGGGAAGUGGCAGUGGUCGUGACGCCCCCCGGGGUUAGUGGAGCCGUGAGACCGACCAGCGCAGUGCUUCCCUGAGCACGCGUGUCAGUUCUCCCAGCGGGAUGUCAUUAUUUCCAUCUUAUAACCUGUAGUCUCAUGUCAAGGAUCAGGACUUGAAAGUAGUUCUCCAGGGCUCCCUGCCUCCUGCUUUCCUUGCCACGAUCAGCUAGCUGCCUUCUAGAUGUUUGAGAGGGAAAACCAUCUUUGGAGUGUCUCCUGUGUUUCCUGUA